GAAGCGUAAACACCGUGUACGUGAAUCGGAAAAUCGAGAAUCGUUACGGCCGUUUGUGACGUGUUUUUGUGGAAUUUCGCGUUGAGCCUCCGAUACUGUAAUGACGUGAGUUUACGGGAGCGAGUGUUUUCGGUGCAAGCGUUUUAGUGCUACUGAUGUACGGAUAUAGACGCGGCGCGUUAUAAUUCAACAUAAAAUAUGGCGAGUCCCUCGCCGCAGAACAGCCCCAUGCCUCCGCCACAGGCGCCCAGUCCCAUGGGUCCGCCUCCGCAAAGUCCGGCGCCUCCAUCGCCUCACAGCCCAUACCAAGGGCCACCUGCCGGCCAUCCGCCCGGACCCCCACCACAACAACAAUUUCCACCAAACUCGUACGGCGGUCACCCCAACAUGGGCCCAAUGCCACCCUCAGGUGAUCCCCACAUGUCACCGCACCAAGGCCAUCCAGGCGGACCCCAAGGCGGCCCACCACCGCAAGGCCAUCCGGGCGGCCCACCGCCCCAAGGCCAUCCCGGUGGCCCACCGCCAGGGCAUCAGAUGCCACCCGGAGGCCCUCCGCCACAGGGUCACAUGCCUCCUCAUCAGGGGCCACCUCCUCAAGGCCAUCCAGGUCACGGACCUCCUCCAAAUGGAGGAUAUCCGCCACACCAAGGGGGGCCUCCGCCAGGCCAUCCGGGACCGGGCGGCCCGCCGCCACAAGGUCACCCGCCCAUGCAACAAGUGCAGUUAAACAACUUGCCGCCUGGGCCUUAUCAAGGUCACCCCAUGCCUAUGGGACAUCCGCAAAGACCGAACACGGCGUCACCGGGACCUCAGGGUCCGCCCCCCGGCCAGCCAAGACCGAACGGUCCGGACAACAUAAACGCCCUCCAAAAAGCUAUAGAUACAAUGGAAGAAAAAGGCAUGCAGGACGACCAGCGUUACUCACAACUGUUGGCGCUCAGAGCUAGAUCAGCCGGCAACAACGUCAUCAAUCAACACCAAAUGACUCAGCUAAGAAAUCAAAUCAUAGCUUACAGAUAUUUGGCUAGGAGUCAAGCGCUUCCGCCGCAAGUCGCCAUGGCGAUACACGGUAAAAGACCAGAGGGAUGCCCCACGCCACCAGCCAGUCCCUAUCCACCACAAGGCGGACCACCACAACAGGGUGAGCCACCAACGGGUGAUGUGGGUGAAUCGGCGGGUCCGAUGCCUCCAGGUCAAUGUCCCGCACAAGGACCACAAGGUGUUAAGCCGGGCUUGCCUGGAUCUCCUCAACCAUGCGGAACUCCUGGGCCACAAGCUGGCAGAGGACAACAGAUGGUCCCCAAUAAGCAAACCCGUGUGACCACUCUUCCCAAACCAGUCGGCAUCGAUCCGAUUCAACUUUUACAAGAACGGGAAAACAGAGUGGCUGCGAGAAUAGCGGCGCGUAUAGAACAGGUCAGCAAUUUGCCUACGGACAUGUCCGACAAAUUGAGGCUUCAAGCUCAGAUAGAGUUGCGUGCCUUGCGUUGCUUGAAUUUCCAAAGGCAGCUCCGGAGCGAAAUAAUCAACUGUAUCCGACGUGAUACCACGUUAGAAACCGCUGUGAAUAUAAAAGCCUAUAAACGCACCAAACGUCAAGGCUUGCGUGAGGCCAGGGCGACAGAAAAAUUGGAAAAACAACAGAAAUUGGAAGCAGAAAGGAAGAGGAGACAGAAGAAUCAAGAAUUCCUCAAUUCUGUUCUGCAGCAUGGCAAAGAUUUCAAAGAGUUCCACAGGGCUAAUCAAGCCAAGUUGGUUAAAAUCAACAGGGCCAUCAUCAAUUAUCACGCGAACGCCGAACGAGAACAAAAGAAGGAACAAGAAAGAAUCGAAAAGGAACGUAUGCGGAGGCUGAUGGCUGAAGAUGAAGAGGGUUACCGUAAACUUAUCGAUCAAAAGAAAGACAAGCGUCUCGCGUUCUUGCUGUCGCAGACUGACGAAUAUAUUAUGAAUUUGACGGAGAUGGUGAAACAACAUAAAAUUGAGCAAGACAACAAGAAAAAGGAAGAAGAAAAACGGAAGAAGAGACAACAGAAGGAGGCGCAAGGAGACGAUCGACGAGUGACAGUCGUCGAAUCAGCCACGGGUAAGAAACUAACGGGUGAGGAAGCGCCGAAAAAAAGUCAAGUUAUGGAAUGGUUACAAAAGAAUCCGGGUUGGGAAAUGGUGGACUCAGACGAUGAGGAUUCCGAGGAUGAAGACGGUCACUCGAACAAAGAGAAGAAUGGAGGAGGUAAUAAAGGGGAAAUGGAUGAAGUUAAAGAUGUUAUUAAGAAAGCAAAAUCUGAAGAUGAUGAAUAUCACAAGAAUGCUAUUGAAGUGCAAACUUACUACAGCAUUGCUCAUACAGUACACGAAAUCGUUACAGAACAAGCUUCUAUUAUGGUAAAUGGUAAACUGAAGGAAUACCAGAUUAAAGGUCUGGAAUGGAUGGUGUCCUUGUACAAUAAUAACCUGAAUGGAAUCCUGGCUGAUGAGAUGGGUUUGGGUAAAACUAUUCAAACCAUCGCGUUAGUUACUUAUUUAAUGGAAAAGAAGAAACUAAACGGACCUUACUUGAUCAUUGUACCUCUCUCGACAAUGUCGAAUUGGGUUUUGGAAUUCGAAAAAUGGGCACCCUCCGUAGUGGUCGUGUCGUACAAAGGAUCACCUGGUAUCAGACGAGUAAUCCAGAGUCAAAUGAGGUCCGCUAAAUUCAAUGUGCUACUCACAACUUACGAGUACAUUAUCAAGGACAAAAGUGUCCUGUCCAAGAUUCCAUUCAAGUACAUGAUUAUAGAUGAAGGUCACAGAAUGAAGAAUCAUCAUUGUAAGUUGACUCAGGUACUUAAUACUCACUACCUCGCACCUUUCCGGUUGCUCUUGACCGGUACGCCUUUACAAAACAAACUUCCUGAAUUGUGGGCCUUAUUGAAUUUUCUAUUACCUUCGAUUUUCAAGAGUUGUUCCACUUUCGAACAAUGGUUCAACGCGCCUUUCGCCACUACUGGAGAAAAAGUCGAAUUGAACGAAGAAGAAACUAUUUUGAUUAUUCGUCGUUUGCACAAAGUGUUACGACCCUUCUUGCUCAGACGUUUGAAGAAAGAAGUAGAGUCUCAAUUGCCAGAUAAGGUUGAGUACAUCAUCAAAUGCGACAUGUCCGGAUUACAGAGAGUUUUGUACCAACACAUGCAAAGUAAAGGUGUGUUGCUGACGGACGGAUCUGAAAAAGGCGCCAAGGGCAAGGGUGGUGCCAAAGCUUUGAUGAAUACCAUCGUGCAGCUUCGUAAACUAUGUAAUCAUCCGUUUAUGUUCCAAAAUAUAGAAGAGAAAUACUGCGAUCACGUAGGUAUUGCGGGAGGGGUCAUGUCGGGACCCGAUACUUAUAGAGCUUCGGGCAAAUUCGAAUUGCUGGACAGAAUUUUGCCCAAACUAAAACGCACUAACCACCGAGUAUUGCUUUUCUGUCAGAUGACACAAUUGAUGACAAUUAUGGAAGAUUAUUUGAAUUGGCGUGGCUUCCAAUAUUUGCGUUUGGACGGUACAAUUAAAGCGGAAGACCGUGGCGACUUGCUUAAGAAGUUUAACGACAAGGGCAGCGACUAUUUCUUGUUCUUGCUCUCCACGCGUGCUGGUGGUUUAGGUUUGAAUUUACAAACAGCUGAUACUGUUAUCAUCUUCGAUUCGGACUGGAAUCCGCAUCAGGAUUUGCAAGCACAAGAUCGUGCACAUCGUAUCGGACAGAAAAACGAGGUCCGAGUUUUGCGAUUGAUGACCGUCAACUCCGUGGAAGAACGUAUUCUGGCCGCCGCCAAGUACAAACUUACUAUGGACGAAAAGGUUAUCCAAGCUGGUAUGUUCGAUCAAAAGUCGACCGGUUCCGAACGUCAGCAGUUCCUGCAAAGCAUCUUGCACAACGACGGAACGGAAGACGAGGAAGAGAACGAGGUGCCGGACGAUGAAACCGUCAAUCAGAUGUUGGCACGUUCCGAAGCUGAGUUUGAGUUGUUCCAGAAGAUGGAUUUGGAACGAAAAGUUGAGGAGGAGAAACUGGGCAUUCACGGAAAGUCUAGGUUGAUUCAAGAGGAGGAAUUGCCCGAUUGGCUGGUCAAAGAGGAUGAUGAAGUAGAUCCUUGGAUGGAGGAUGAAACUGUGCUUGGUCGUGGCACGAGACAACGCAAGGAAGUCGAUUAUGCGGACAGUUUAACGGAAAAAGAAUGGUUGAAGGCUAUCGACGAAGAUGGAGACUUCGAUGAUGAAGAAGAGGAAGAGGAAAAGGUCAAGAAGAAGAGAGGAAGGAAACGGAAGAAGCGAGACGACGACUCGGACGACGACGCAGGCCCAAGUCAGCGGAAGCGGAAGAGCGUGCACAAUUCUGCCGAGAAUAAAAUGAAGAAGAAAAUGAAAAAACUUAUGAAUAUUCUUAUAAAUUAUACAGAUAGGGAUGGUCGGCAAUUAAGCGACCAGUUCAUGAAAUUACCUUCUAGAAAAGAGUAUCCUGAAUAUUAUUCCAUCAUCAAGAAACCCAUCGAUAUAAAUAAAAUUAUGAAUCACAUAGACGAUGGACGAUAUUCUGAUUUUAUGGAUUUGGAAAGAGAUUUCAUGUUGCUGUGUCAGAACGCUCAGAUAUUCAAUGAAGAAGCUUCAAUUAUCCACGAGGACAGUAUCGUCCUACAAUCAGUAUUUUCCAAUGCGAAACAAAAAAUCGAACAAGCCGAAGAUUCGGAUGAUGACGGCAACAAAUCUGAUAUGGACACACCGAAAAAUAAAAAGGGCAAAGUGAAACGAAGACCCGGAAGACCGAAACGGUCAGCUAAGAAGUACAUCUCGGACGAUGACGAUGAUGAUUAAUCGAUUAAGUUUAGAGCAUUUAUUUAUCUUUAUUAGGAAGAAAUAAAGUGUACAAGCAGGAAGCCUAAAUCUUAUGUUUUUAGGGAGUUAAUUUUUCUUUUAAUUCUGUAUGAUUAGAUGUUUUUAUAUUACCUUACCUUGAGUGUGUAAGUAAACAGAUUUAUAAAUGUG